AAGAAUUUUUUUUUUGUUUUUUCCUCUCUCAACAGAUCAGCCGCCUCUCCCUCUCAACUCCACCGGCGAUGGCAAGUCUCCGACGAGAACCAGAGGAGAGGGAGGCCGAUCUCCUCUCCUCUCCGCCUUCUCUUUCUCUCUCUCCUCUUCUCCCUCGCCCCGUCUCUUUUUUCUCCGGGCAGCAGCAACCGGAGCAGUGCUCUGACCAGCGACAGCAGCGCCUGGUGAGGUGCAUGACAGCAGUAGCGACUGCUCCAAGCAGCCAGGCGAAGCCAUCGACUCCACAGAACCAGCAGCCGGCAGGGACUAGAGGUGGCAACACCUCCGCCUUCCUCUUCUCCUCCCCGUCGCCUCUUUCUCUCUACUCCUCCGACUACGAUAUCAGCAACAACUCCAGCCCCGCAGUAGCAUCGGAGGUCGAGUUCAUUAAAGACAGAUCCUUACAGAUCUGUCCAACAGGGCUCUUGAAUAUGAGUUCAGGUUCCGGAGAGUCGCUUUGGAAGGGAUAUUGAAUCGGAGCUUUACCUUAUUUUGUUUUGAUAUUUGUCUUUUGAUUGUUGAUUCGGUUUUUGCGAUAACUUGUAUAAACUCCUAACUCUAACUCUAUAUAUAAUAUACAUUCGGGGAUCGCCUAAGGGCAGGGGGAUAUAUGUGCUAAUUGUUUAUUUAUUUAUUUUUGUUUAUGUGUGAUUGUUA